AGCAUCAGUCUCAUUUCAUCUUCACACUUUGCUUUAUUCUUUUGUUGGAAAAGACAUUGCAGCCGAACUGAUUCCAGAAGAGAUUUUAUAGAGGGAGGAGGAUGGAGUGCCCCCAGUGCAGGAGGGAAUGUGGGCAGAAUGACAGGUUCUGCAGUGAAUGUGCCUACGAUCAGCGCUCUGGAAGGACGCCUGUCCCAGACUAUCACACCUGACAUUCUCCCAUUUGUCACCUCCCUUGUCAACUCCUCCCUGUCUUCUGGCUGUUUUCAAUCCUCCUCCAAGAGGGCCCACAUCACCCCGCUGCUAAAAAAGCCUGGAGCUCUCCAUCAUCCGUCUGGCUUCAGAUCUGGCCACUCGACAGAGACCGCGCUCUUCUCCGUCAGUGAAUCACUCCAUGCCGCACGAGCAGCCUCCCUCUCCUCUGUCCUCAUUCUUCUAGAUCUCUCUGCUGCCUUCGACACUGUGGAUCACUCCAUCCUCCUGUCCUCCCUGUCAGCAACGGGGAUCUGUGGCACAGCCGUGGACUGGAUUGAGUCCUCUCUGGUCGCUCCUUCCAGGUUGCCUGGGUUGGUUUCAGCCUGCAUCUCUGCUUGCCUGAGUGAUAUCCAGAGUUGGAUGGACAACCACCAUCUAAGGCUCAACCCAGAAAUGCAGCAUUUUGGAUUGGUUGAAGACUGCAAACUGCAGUCCUGGUCUGUCAUUGGUUCUGGGGGUUUCGGACUGAUCUAUAAGGCCAAACACAAAGAUUUGGGGAUGGAGGUGGCAAUCAAACUACUGCAUUGUGAUGAUGGUUCCAGUGCAUCUCUGCAGAAGGAGGCUGAGUUCAUGCGGCAGGGUGGGAGCCCGUAUGUGGUGCGUGUUUUUGGGGUGUACCGGGGGGUGCCCCCUGGCAGGUGGCUCUCAAGUCAGAUGGGCCUGGUGAUGGAGCUGAUGGAGAGGGGGUCUGUGGAGUCCCUCCUGAAGAGGCUGAGGGGCCCCCCUCCCUGGCCCCUGGCCUUCCGCCUGGCUCAUCAGGUGGCUCUUGGCAUGAACUUCAUGCACAAGCUUUGCCCCCCACUGCUGCACCUCGACCUCAAGCCCUGCAACGUGCUGCUGGACCACGGCUUCGGAGCAAAGAUCACAGAUUUUGGUCUGGCCCGACUGAUGCGCAGUAUGUCCAGUGUGGGGGAGCAGGGGGAGGGGAGAGGCACGCUGAGCUACAUACCCCCCGAAGCCUUCCAAACAUCCUACAAAGCCACGGCCGCCUCUGACUCCUACAGUUAUGCCAUCCUGCUCUGGUCUAUAAUCACUGGCAGGGAGCCCUAUGGUGAUGCUAAGCACUGCGUGAUCCGGCUUUGGGUCCAGGACGGGGACAGGCCCAGUCUGGAGGGGGUGAACAGGGCAGCAGUUGAGGGCUUGGGGGAGAUCAUUGACCUCAUGGAGAGAUGCUGGGACCCCAGCCCCCAAAAACGCCCCUCUUUCCAUGACUGCCUCCCAGUGACAGAGAAGGUGUUUGAGCUGCACAGCCGUGGAAUUCAUGAUGCCAUCCACCAGGUGUCCAAAGCACUGGAUGAAAAGCGAGAGAUAUCUCCAACUCCAAUAUCCAAGGCUGGGAAAGUGACUGUGGACCCCAGGGGAGGAUGGAACAGCAAAGACCUGAUUCCUCCCAAUUUCCGGGCAGCAGACAGCGGCGUUGGAACAGAACCCUGUCCUGCCUCUGCCACCUCUAAGGCACUGAGUGACAGCAUCUCCAAAACCUCCAGCACAAGUGGAGAAUUAUCACAGCGGUUGAAAAUAGGAGCCAGUAACAUAUUCAGGGGUGCUGAAAAAAUGUUUGGUUCACUGACCAGUUGGAGUGUAAUCCAAACAGGCAAGAGUUCAAAACCAGGAACCAGUCUGGAGGAGCUGCUGAGAGACCUGGGACUGGAACACCACCUGAAGAACAAGCUGACUCUGAGCCAGGUGCUGCAGAUUGAUGGAGAGACUUUAUCUGAUGAAAGCAUCCAGUCUCUGAAAUCUCUGCCAUGGUGUUUCCUGAGGAAGCUGAUGAUGGUGAAUGAGUCCUUUCGUAGAAUGAGCUGUACCUCAGAACAGGACACAGAGCCCCAAAGCCUAGAAAGCUCACUGAACACCAAGAAAAAUCCACAUGACCACAGCAACAGAGUCAACCCCCUGGACCUCAUAACUGCUGUAUUUCUGUGCUCAGAUGGCUUUCUCCAGCAGGAGAUGGCUUUGAAAAUGUCCAUGUGCCAGUUCUCUGUGCCUCUGCUGCUUCCUACAUGUGAUACCCAGCAGUGCACUUUAAUGCUGUGGGCCAUGAGGGAUAUUGUGAAAAAGUACAAGCCACACUCUUUGGAGGACCCAAGAGGGUUUGUAGAGGAGAGCAUUGUUCUGUCUGACCUCCCCAUGGUCUCUUUUGUGAGGCUGGGAAACUGCAGCAUGUCCAAGUCUCACAUUCUGAACCAGGUCCUCAGCAACCCUCAGCAGUACCAGGACACCUUUGUUCACAAAAACAUGGAGUGCGGUGACACCCCAAGGAGGAUUUCCAAUGGGCUGGUGGAAAUCAGCUGGUAUCUGCCCAGUGGGAACAAAAACACUGACAUCUUCUCUGAGCCUCUGGCUAUAGCUAACCUCCGUGGGGACCUCAGAGACUUUGAAACUCAGUACGCUUUCCUCUGCCGCACAUCGACUGCUAUAUUUUUGUUUUGCGACAACUUUAAGUUUGAACAAAGAUUUCUGGACUCUAAGCAAUUUAAGACUCAUUGGAUUUUGAUCACCAAUUCACAGAGCCAGAGCUUCAAUGAGGAUGACUUCAGGAGAUGUGUUUCUGAGAGAAAACCCAGUAACAUCAUCAAAAAGCAUCGGCGGAUGAAUGAUGCAGAAUUCAACAAAAAACUGUGUUCGGCUAUCCGUGGAAUUUUAAAGGGAAAUAUUCAAAUGAGCAUUGAAAGGAUGUCUGAUCUUACCCAUGAUUUAGGGAUCCUUGUUGAUGAAGAAUACAUCCACUGUAAGAGCAGCAAGCAGAAGGCUGAUGAAAUCACAGGAGGAAUAUCUGACAUACCAAGCUUCAAGGAGAAAGAGCUGCCCUUGCAAGGGACUGCAUGGAAACAGCUGGCCAAACUGGAGAAGGAACAGUGCAAGAUGAAAAAUACUGGGGAGAAAAACAUAGAAGUUUACAAGAACGAGCUUGCAGAUCAGAGGCAGAAGCUCAGAGAACAGCAGAGGGCUCACAGCAUCUCCGAUUCUAUGUCCCGUUUCAUCUCCGCGAUGUGCAAUAACACAGAGGAGUGCAAGUAUUUCCUCAAGUGGAUGAGGAUCAAUCUGGAUAAUCUGUCACACAAAAGCCUUCCACCUCUUCGGGCAAAGUACAAGGAACAGUGUCGGAAUUCCUCAGAAAACAAGGAGCUCAUUGCUAAGUUGGACAGGGAGAUCUCCAGCUGCUCCUUGGGGAUAGAGCACUUCCUGAGGGAAAUGGGUCAGCUGUACGAGUCGGCCUACUCACUCCCCGAAGCCCUCACCCCAGAGAUUAAGCGCCUGCCACGUCUCUGUGCUGAGCUGCUACAGGAGGGCUUUCCUCUGGAGCUGGUGGAUGGAGACUCAAGCAAUAUUCCUCUAGAGUGGGUGACACAGGUUCUGAAAGAACUCCAUCAUCUCACACAGGAUAAAAGUAAGAUCCGGGUCAUCUCUGUUCUGGGGGUACAGAGCACUGGGAAGUCCACCCUCCUGAACACCAUGUUUGGGGUCCAGUUUGCUGUCAGUAGUGGCAGGUGCACCAGAGGGGCCUUCAUGUUCCUCAUCAGAGUGAAAGAGGAUUUUAAAGUGCGGCUUGGGUGUGAUUACAUCAUGAUUAUUGACACUGAAGGUUUGAAGGCACCACAGUUGGCACAGCUGGAUGACAGUCAUGAGCAUGAUAAUGAACUGGCCACUCUGGUGGUGGGGCUGAGUGACAUCACAGUCAUCAACAUCGCUAUGGAGAAUUCCAUGGAAAUUAACGAUAUCUUGCAGAUUGUGGUGCACGCCUUCCUGCGCAUGAAAGAAGUUGGAAGAAAACCCUGCUGUCAGUUUGUGCACCAGAAUGUGCCAGACAUCUCUGCCCAUGACAGUAAUAUGAGAGAGAGGAAACUUCUGCUGGAGCAGCUGAAUGAGAUGACCCAAGCAGCAGCUAAGAUGGAAAAGAAGGGAAGCAACAAAAGAUUUACUGAUGUCAUGGAGUAUGAUCCAGAGAAAAACACCUGGUACAUCCCUGGGCUCUGGCACGGCAACCCUCCCAUGGCCCCUGUCAGUGUUGGCUACAGUGAGUCUGUGGAUCUUUUCAAGAGGAGUGUGAUUGAGAAGUUUAUGGAACAAAAAUCUGGAAACAGCUCAGCACACACAAUCAUUGAGUUCCUUGAAUGGAACAAGAGCUUAUGGAAAGCAGUGAAGUAUGAGAACUUCAUCUUCAGUUUCCGCAACAGCCUUGUAGCUGAAGCUUAUGCUCAGCUUUGCACUGAGUUCAACCAAUGGGAUUGGGCCUUCAGGAAGAACAUGUACUCCUGGCUAAUGGAAGCUGAGACAAAGGUGUCAAACUCUGGCACAGAAGCAGAAUUUAAGAAUUUGGAUGAGUUACUGAUCCGCCUGAAAACUCAGGCCUUGGUAGAACUGACUAAAGGGGAAACGCUCAUUUUGGCCAACCUCACUGAAUUCUACAAGAGGCAAGAGGGACAUGUUCACUUGGUAGAGAAGUACAAGGAGGACUUCAACAUCACAGCCAAAACCAUCAGGAGGGAGACAGAGAACUCUGUGAAAAACAAGCUUGAGGCAGCAGUGGAGAUGAGAAAGGGCAUGUUCAGGUUAGAGAGCAUCAAGAACAAUCAAACGGCCACAAUGGAGAACAAGGUGCAGGGGCUGAUUGAGAAAUGCAAAACAAGUAAAGAUCUGUCUGAUCAACAGCUGGAGGAUGAAUUUGAGAAGAUGUGGGAUGACACUGUAGCAGAGCUGCGCUUCCCUGGCAUGGAAGAACGAGACAUUGUGCUAGACAUCUACUACCAGCUGUGGGUUAACUUAGAGAGGAAAGGCAGCUCAGUACGUGAAAUACUGUCAAAAGUGGGCAACUUGUCUGGAUAUGGAAGAAUGCCAUUAAAAGUGAAAAGUAAACAUUUGGGAUCAAAACAAUGGUUUAGCAAUGUUUCCUCAGGAAAGGAGCUAAAAGAGUUCCAGCAGGUAGUUGAUCACAUCAUUGUGCAGAGCAAGCAGUUUGUUGAUGAGAAAGUGAGAACAAGAUCUGAUUACCAUGAAACAUUCAUAACAGACUUGCUUUGCAUUGGAGACAAAAUCCUGGAAAAGAAUCUGGAAACAACUGCUGAAUUUCAGGCCAAGCUGAAGAUUCACAUCUGUGGACAUGCAGCACGGGAGUUUAACAAAAUGCAUCAAGCUUUCAUCCAUGUAAAUGAUCCUUGUCACUGUCUGGAACAGUUCAAGAAACAGUACUACACAGACUUUAAGGACCUGUUCAACAAAAGAGACCAGUGUCAGAAGAAAGCCAAAGAUUUCACCGUCAACUGUCUUCAACCUGCGGUGAAGGAAUACAUCACCAAAUCUCUGGGCCCUGACCUUGUGGAUGAAAUGAUGGAAGGGCAGAAAGCCAUUGCUUUCAGCACUCAAACCUUCUUCCAGUUCUCAAUCCUUGAGCAGCUGCUUAAGGGUGAUAACUUUCGGGACUUUGUGAAAUACAUAAAAAAAUAUGAGACCUUUGUACAUGACUGGAUAUUGAAGCUGAUGGUGGAGCAGUUCUCAGAGAAAGAUAGACUCAGGGACAUUGAGAUGAGACACUUGAUGGUGAUGGUUAGCAGAAUAAAGGAAGCCAUUAAGAACGCACAGAUGAAGGCAGCUGAACAGGCAGCAGGAAUGGGUGAGGAGGCCCAGAACAUUCAGCAGUUCAUUCAGGAUAUUUGUAGUGACCUAGCGAAGGAGCUUAUCAUCCCCAAAGACCCCCUCAGCGCAGUCCUGGCCUUAAACUCUGCCAAACCAGAAGACUUUUCCCGGUGUCUUGUGGAUGAAAUGGAGCAGGCCUUUACCACAGAGUUUCAGAAAGGUGGGGAUGUGAGGGCCAGGCUGACCUCACUGCCCUUUCAGCCACAGAAGGAGCUGUUUAACAGGGUGUUUGGCUGUGGGAAGCAGUGUCCCUUCUGCAAGGCCCCCUGUGAAGCUGGUGGCAAGAAUCACACAGAGCACUUUGCUUCCAUUCACCGUCCUCAGGGCAUUGCAGGAUGGAGCAAUUGUGAAUCGCAUAUAUUAGUGAGCAAUAUCUGCUCCACCAGUGUUGCCAGUGAGAAAAACAUCAGGUUGACUGAAACAGAUGAGAAAUGGCAUCCAUACAAGGACUACCCGAGCAUUUACCAAGACUGGCGCAUCCAGCCUGACACCAGCAUCCAGGCCUCAGACUACUGGAAGUACGUCUUCAGCAAGUAUAAUAAGCAGUUUGCAGAGGAAUACAGAGCUAAGCCUGCUGACAUUCCCCACAAUUGGAGAGCUAUAACUCCAGACCAAGCCAUGGAAAACCUGAAGGAAACUUUCUUGAUGAAAAUUAAUUUAUUCCACAGCCCCUGUUCCAGUAGGGUUGACAAUGCAUCCUCUGUGUGACAUUAAUAUUAAAUAGUCUACUCACAGGUACAACUCAAUGGUUAAGCAAAACAGAGCCCCAGCCAAGUUGAAUGGCACUAAUGUACAGCAAGAUUUAUAUAAUUCAAAUGAAGCACUCAUCAUUUUUAAAGGGGACAGUUGAAUUCAAUCAUCACUGAUGUUAGGAAAGAGUGAGAACUCCUGAUCACUGACACAGACACUGCUAUAUUCCUGCAGCCUCCCCUGAGUCUUUUCUGGUUCUAUGAGAGAUGGUACCAUUAGCAGCUCAUUGUACUCAUGAAAUCAUAUUCAUGCUAUAAAGUGAUAUUGCCUGUAUCCUUACCUAUGCAGCAUUUAUCUGUACAAAUCCUGCUUGUGAAUCAUCAUGGCUGAUCUCUGUCCAUUGUUCCAUUCAUUAGGAUGGUAAAUAGGCUGUGAUAUUUUAACAGUUUAACAGACUUAAUUUAAUAUUCUCACCUCCAUAUUAAAGAAGAUUUUUUUUCUUUCUUUUUUUUUUUUUACAAAAGUCCAAAUAUGUGUUCUAUCGCGUAAAUCAUUCUUAUAAUUAAAGCGUAAGAACUUAAUGGCAAUUAUCAGCUCUACAUCACUGCUUGCUUAGGUGUUCAUUAUUUACUGUCUUGUUGAUCUGUUAUAUGUUCGAUAAUCAUCACUAUAUGUUAUAUGUUAUAUGUCACUAUUAUGACAAUAUUUUUCUAUUUAGAAAACUGAAUUGAAACUUUGUUUUGCAUCUUUGUAAAACUAAUGAAUUUCUCCAGACACAUUCACAUUCUCACAUUAAAAAUAAACUUUUCAUUUGAUUUGAA